GUAGAAAUCAAGGAACUUUUGGGAGUAAUCUGCCAACCCAGCCCAUAUUGUUGACAAACUCAUGAAGGCAUAUUCUUAUUUACAAUUUUUUUGUAAAUUGUUAAUUGAAUUUGGCAAUGAUUCAUCACUUGACUGGAAACCACGCCCCCGUUUAUGUAUUUUCAACAAUUGCUAUGGACAAUAAUUUAAUAAUGACAUCAAGUAGGUUAGGCGUGUCAGUUGUUUUAUAUUGCAUCUUGUAGAAAGUAGGUCUACUAUGUUUUUUAGUGUUUUUUAAUCAAAGUGAAAUUGAAGAAGCUUCCUUUUGGCUGAAGAAAGUGUAAAGGAACCACUACUGUCUCCAGUCCCUGUAACAUCCAACAACAAAGACCUGCUCCGAGAAGUACAAAUCAGAUGUAAUCGAGCAUAUAGUAGAGAUGCAAGAGAGUUAGCUGAUCUGAUAAAUAGUGUUCAUUUUGUGUCAUUGCUGAACACACAUGAUCAGAUAGCUCAGGCAUAUCAGAAAGGGGAUAAACAUUGUGAUACUCCGAAGCUAUUUCCUACAAACAUGACUGGGGACACAACAUUCCGAAUGGUUGGAGUUCGCAAGAAGCCUGGAGAACCUUUGGGCUUAACAGUGGAAGUUAACGAAAACAAUAAUUUGGUGAUAGCUCGAAUACUAGAAGGAGGAAUGAUAGAAAAACAAGGUCUGCUUCAUAUGGGAGAUGUUAUAUUUGAAGUAAAUGGAGUACCUGUUUCAUCACCAGAAGAUCUACAAACUGAAAUCUCAAAGAAAAAAGAUCAUGUCACCCUGAAAGUAGGAAGUUCUACACCUUCUGAAACUCAUGCUAACAUUGUGGAUGGAACUGGCCAGAAUGGUCUGACAAAGAAACUGACUUGUUAUAUGAGAGCACUAUUUGAAUACAACCCCCAAGAAGAUACACUUCUGCCUUGUAAAGAAAUAGGAUUGCCUUUUGAAAGAGGGGACAUUCUCCAGAUAGUGGACCAAAGAGAUCCAAAUUGGUGGCAAGCUAAAAAAGUUAGUGGAGAUGGUACAACAGGUUUGAUACCAUCUGUUGAGUUGGAGGAGAGACGUAAAGCAUUUGUUGCUCCUGAGGCAGAUUUUGUGCAUAAAGUCAGUAUAUGUGGAGCAUGGAUAUCAAAGAAAAAAAAGAAAAUCAUCUACCAAUCAAAGUCAAGUUCCGACUUUGACAAAGCUGAACUAUUAUUAUAUGAAGAAGUAACACGGAUGCCUCCUUUCAAAAGAAAGACAUUGGUUCUGAUAGGCAUACCAGGCGUAGGUCGUAGAACUUUGAAAAACCGCCUUAUCAAUAGUGAUCCGGAAAAAUUUGGUGCUGUAAUACCUUAUACCACCAGACCUCCGAGAGUUUUGGAGGAAAAUGGACAGUCAUAUUGGUUCGUUGACAGAGAAACUAUGGAAGAGGACAUCAGAAAUGCUCAGUUUCUGGAGUAUGGUGAAUACAAUGGACACUUGUAUGGAACACAUUUGAAUUCCAUCAGAGAGGUGAUAAAACAGGGAAAGAUGUGUGUAUUGGAUUGUAGUCCCAUGUCCCUAAAGAUCCUCCACAACAGCUCUGAAUUUUUACCAUAUGUGAUUUUCAUUGCUUCUCCUGGUAUGGAGCAGCUGAAAAAUUUGUAUGAUGUUGGUAGGAGCAACACCAACUUGAGACAUUCUAGUAGGAACUUGGCGUUUGAACGCCAAAGCUCAAUACGCUACAGUUCUAGAAGAGCAAGGACAUUGGAGUCAUUGGCAUCACUAUAUGAGGUAAGUAUUGUUUGAUAUUUCCACUAAAAUGGAAAAUCACAUAUUUAGUCUUGAGGAACAAUGCUUUGUUUCACUGAACACUGAUAAUGUGGGAACACAUGUAACAAUUGUGUUCUAAUUUUAGAUUUAAUAACAAUGCGAAUACUUCCGUUACAAUAAUAACAAAUUGUUAUUAAUUUUCUGUAUCAUUGUACUAAUGACUGACGAUAUGGCUACACCUUUGCGCAACAUUUUUCUGAAGGUUUUCCGCAGUUUUCUGAAGACUGAAAUUGGGUAAAAAUGAUCACGGAUUUGUUUCAGAAGACAUUUAAAGUAGGUCAGUGUGGUAAAUCAAACCCUUGUUUUUAACCCCUGCAACCUCCUGAAAGUGGAUAUUGAUAAAAAUGAGUGAAAAUGUAGUUAGUAAUACAUUACUUUGCCAUUGACCAAUGUUUCCAAAAUUUGGUGAUGGUAUUGUCACUAUUUUAAGAGGUGGUUGCGGGCAGCUGAGGGCGUGGGGUGGUUCGUUUAAGGUAGAAUCGACUUAGUUAAAAACGGCCUUAUUAACCAUCCUCCGUUACAACGGUAACAUAUAAUCGUUAUCACGCUGCACAAGGUAUCUUGGACUAUUUAAGAUUUAAAUUUAACUAAAUUUUCUGCUCUACCACAGGACAGUUCACUUGACUCCUGAUAUGCUGUCAGUGCUAAAGCCAAAUAUCAAGGACAAUUUUAUGUUUGAAGAAACCAAUUUGAAAUGACAUCCAGUCUCCUGCAUUAUGAGCAAUGCCCGGAAAAAUAAUUUCGUCUACGUUUCCAGGAAGAAGACCUGAAGCAGUCACUGGAAGAGAGCGCCGCUAUGCAACGAACUUACGACAAAUACAUUGACUUGGUGAUUCCGAACAAUGAUUUCGACGUAACAUUCAGAAAAAUCGUGGAAUCUCUAGAAGCGCUCACUACGAAGCAUCAGUGGGUACCAGUUAACUGGAUAUAUUAGGAGGAAUAAACACAUUCACUAUGUCCCAGAAAUUGAACCAUAAUCUUACAGCUGAAAAUAGGUCACGACUAUUGCAAAAUUUUGUUUUAUCAAAGGUCUUGUAUAGUUUGAGAUAGUCCACGUAUUUUUUGUUGGUAAACUACUCUAUGUUCAAUGAAUCCCAGUCAUUUCAACAAAUACAUACAUUUUUGGACGAUUUGCUUCAGAACACUUGGCAAUUACGCAUUUCAUCCCACCCAGUAUUAUUUUUGUGAGAAAACUAGAUAAAAUGCAUACCAAAGUCUAAAUUUUGAUGAAAACCCGUUCUCAAAUCUGACUUUGACACAUUGAGAGAAUCAAGUAUGAUUUCUGUGCCAAUUAGUCGAAAAACUUGGUCAAAGAACUACUUAGUUGUGAGUAUUCUGAAACAAACCUGGUCCAAGAAUGUUGUUAUUUGUAGAAAUGGCAGGGGAUUAACUGAAUAGAAGGCAAUUAUUCAUAAAAAAAAGUUAAAAUGCUGAAAAUCUCGAAAACUACAAAACUUUUGAAGAAACAAAUUAUUUGCAACUGCAGUAUUAUGCUAUAAUUUAUGGGUACCUAUAUACCAAUAUUGUGGAGCUAAGAUCUCACUUUACGUGCAUAUGUACAAAUCGCAAAUUCACGAUAAUAAAUCAAAUAUAAUUAACGCCGAAAAAGUUAUAGAUUAUGUAUCUUUGCAUCACUAGGUAAGUUUGAAGAAUAUUAUUCAGGUAAAGCACAACCUUAGAUGGAUGAUAUCAUGGCAAGAGAAUUAUUAUAUAGGAUACAAAUCGAAAAGAUAAUAGAUGAGAAAUUUAAAAAAAUAUAUAUAUAAAAAUAAAAGCAGUAAGCUGUUGUUGAGAAUAUUUGAUAUUGACAUACAAAUCUUUUAUAUCUUCACUAAGUCGAAUAUUCUUGGAAUACUUAAUAUUUAUAAAUUCCAGAAUAAGAGUUUCAAUUCAAGUACUUCUUGAGUUGGCCUAAGUCUAGUAUGUUUACAAUGAAAUUGAUAUACUUUUUUGUUUCAUAAUUUGAUAAGGAAAAUUCAGUAUUAAUUUUAGUAUUCAAAAGAGAAAUAUAAUUAACAAAAAAUAACGCCUACACCCACAAUUAAAGAUAUGAAGGUGCCAGGCACAAAACGUAUAAUUUGACCAUCGGAAAUUUGAAAACGAUGUGCGCAGCAGGAUUGACAUCUUAUGUGUGCGCUUCUAAAGUAUUUGGAGAUAUACAGGGUGUUGCUCAGUUCUAUUGCGCAACAUACAUGUUUUUUUUUUAAUCAGAUAACCGUUCUAAUAAAGCAGUAUUGAACCUGUAAUCAGGAAAUACGCGAUUCUGAUGAUGGGAAAAUAUACAGCAUGUUUCAUUUAAAAUUUUUGAGAAAAACGGUUUGCAAAUUUGCAGCACCCUGAUAGAAUUGACGUACGUUUUCGUCCUCUUUCCAAAAUAAAGGAUAGGCAUUUCUUCAGACAAAUGAUAACCAAACAAAUGACGAUCAAAAUCCUACAGUAUAUUAACCCAUCAACGAUCUUGUGUUUGAAAGGUCUUUCAAAAAUCUAUUAAAGGGUGUUCCAUUAAAAAAACGUUUGUUCCGUCACGGAAUCAUGCAACACCGCUUUCGAUAUCCUGUAUAGCUUUUCUAUUAAACAACUUUUCAUUUUCAUCAGGACACCCUGUAUAUAUUGGGAGUAUUCACGUGAUUUUUAAUAUAUCGUUUAGUUCCCUGAGUACAUUGAAGACGAACUCGUCGUUAACAUAAAAUGGUGCAGGCAGGCGAACCGAUAGGAGCUAAGGCACCAAACUUUUAACAUCUCCAACAGAAAACAUAUCUGUGCCCAUUGGAGCAUUUGAUCAACAUAACAUGAACUAAACUCUAUACGAAUUUUAUUUAAAACUGUUUGGUGGCUCAAUUACAUAUGUUUUGUGACUGAUACUUUGUGAACUACAGUGUAUAAGAUACCUAGGAAAACAUGAUGGAAUUAGAAAGUUUUAGGCGGACAUAGCCCUGUUAGCUUGUAGGCAUAGUAGUAUAUAUAUACUAUAAAAUAACGCUACCGUCCUUCAAUGAGAUUUAGUAUAGUUUAGUUAUACAUAUUUUUUAUUCUUCACAAAAGGUGUAUUAUAUUUUACACAUGUUUCUUUAUAACUUUAUAUAUGUAUUCAAAGAUAUAUUUUUUUGUGUUCAUAUGUAUUUGCUUCAGGUACAUAUUAUGAUCUGUUUUGUAUAGUUAUAAAAAUAUAUGAGGUAAGUUUAAGUAGUUUAUAUUAUUGAAAGUUGAAAUGGUGGGAAAAAACAUUUAAUUGAAAAAAGAAAAACACGGGUGCUUUAAAACACGAUAUGAUGAAGUAAGUACUACAAAGAAGUGAAUUUACAAUGGCAGCCUUUCUACAACGAUAGUUGCCAUGCUGAAGUGAUAACUUCCUUAGCCAAAUAGAAACAUGCAUGUUUGCAGCAGAUCAUGCCCUUGUAGAUAGAUCAUACAUGAUUGCUAUUUUGUGUUCACUCAUUGAAAUAAAAAACAUUUUAUUUCUUAUCAUUGAAUAUCGUCGCCCGAUAAAUAGAAAAUGCGAGAAAAAAUGUACAAACUAGAAAUAGGGUCAAUAUUACAACUGCAAUACUUCUUUUUUAUAUUCCAAUUUUCAUGCUUUAAAAGUAUUCUAAAGCACCAAACAUAUUACAUCAAUACAUUGGCCUAACGUUAGUCGAUUUUUACCAAGCUUGUAUUUUUGUAGCUGUUUCGACUUCAUAAAUAAAAUAUGAAAAUCCA